AUGCCGUUUCGAGACCAUUGGCGUGAUGUCAAAACUCUACAUAAUGACGGAAUUCCAAUUGAUGCGACAAGCAAUGAAACAGCAAAAUUGUUCGAUGCAACACUGACGCAAUAUGUUGGUUGGUACAAUGACAAGCAAUUUGGUGGUAUCAAAGCCAGUCUAUCUCGUCUUCUCGCCUCCGAUCCAAAUUGUGUCAGCAGUCGUAUUCUAGCUGCUGCUAUUGGAUUGUUCUCAAUGUCUCGUCCAUCUGCCUUGGCUCAUGCACAAGUUGUUGAAACACUCGGUGAUACAGCAACUUC